AUGUCAUCCGCCGAUCCUGAACAGACUCCAUCCCCGGCCGAAUUGGCUGCUCGAGAUGUGGAGGAGAAAGAGCGCAAGGCUCGGGAGAUUGCCGAGCAGGCUCAGCUCCCCUACAAAUGGACCCAGGACAUCAAAGAGCUCGACGUGACGGCGUCGAUCCCUACCAAUAUCAAGGGCCGCGACAUGGAGGUUCUCUUAACCAAGACUAAGAUCCGCGUGGCAAUUAAGGGACAAGAACCUAUUAUUGAGGGCGAAUUCCCCCAUCCUAUUCUUGUCGACGAAUCAUCAUGGACCCUAGAAACCACCGCGAAUCCUCCCGGCAAGGAAAUUAAUGUGCAUCUGGAUAAGGCGAACAAGAUGACGUGGUGGCCCCAUGUUGUGAAGGGUGCGCCCAAGAUCGAUGUGACUAAGAUCCAGCCCGAAAACUCUAGCCUGAGUGAUCUAGACGGAGAGACCCGCAUGAUGGUCGAGAAAAUGAUGUACGAUCAACGCCAAAAGGAAAUGGGCGGUAUGACUAGCGACGAACAGAAGAAGAUGGAUCUUCUGAAGAAGUUCCAGGCGGAUCACCCUGAAAUGGAUUUCUCUAAUGCUCAAAUCGGUUGA